AUGAUUCGAAAAAGGUACAAAAAUUUCAACGACCCCCGAGACAGGGAUAGAACCUUGAACCUGUGCUUUCUGGUUCACCCAAGCUACUACACAGUAUUGGAGUUGGAGGAAGAGGAUUUGGUAAAAGAUGAAAUACGAAACAACUUCCUGCAGGUAGUGAGAAAAAUUAAUUUAUAUGAGAAAACAGAGCCCAAAAAAAAUUACAAAAAAACAGAUAACUUAGCAAGAGAACUAAAUUCUUUGAGAAGUUGGGAACUACUAAAGCACACGUAUAAAUAUAGGAUACCCAUUUUAUUUCAAAAUGUAGAAAAAUUUAAUUUGCACGAAAAUGAGAUGAUUAAUUAUUUUUCGAUAAAUUACUAUGCGAAGAAAAGGAAUUUAGUAAGGAAUAAAAUAAUGGCAACAAUAAGUAAGGACAAGUGUUUUAUCAUAGACACGGAUAUGAUUUACUCCAUGACACCAGAGUACAUUUCCACAAAAAUCGGGGAUAGCAUAGUAUCAGUGAGGAAAGAAGAAUUUAAGAGGAAACAAAGGGGUAGAAGGGAUGGAUCGUUGCCAUUGUGUAAAAGGAAAAGGAGAUGUUACAAUGAAAAUGUGUUGGUGAAGGAAGACACCGGAGAGGAUGGGUCGUCAGGGGAAUUGCUACAUGGUGGGAAGGAAUCAGAGCAGGCCGAAGUGGUGGAAAUGAACAAAGUAGGCGAAAAGGAAGAAGCCAUGGCAACACAGGAAGAGCCAGGUGGAAAGAUUCCCUUGAGGACACCCAAUCCAACGAAUAAGGGGGAUUCAGACCAAGUGCUAACUUACCUGGACCCCUUUUGUGGUGCGGGUGGAAAUAGCCUAAGCAUGUCGCAUUUUUUCACCAUUUCCGCAGACAUCGACCUUAAGCGAGUAAAGGAAUGCCAACAUAAUUGUAAAUUUUAUAAUAACAACGUAGAUUUUAUUGUGUGUGAUUUUUUUAAUAUAGUAAAUUUAUUUAGAGAAAAUACAAUUGAUGUUGUUUUUUUGAGCAUCCCUUGGGGAGGACCAUCAUACAAAAAGGAAAAAAAUUUCAAGUUAGACUACCGAGGGGAGAAGUUAACUGUAUAUUCGUGUUUGAGAGAAUCCAUGAAAUUAACAAGAAAUGUAAUUUUUUAUUUGCCUCGAAAUGUUCGUAUGGUGGAUUUGUAUGAGUUAUUCUGUUACUAUGAAAAAUUGACCAAUGGAAAAAAUAAAUUAAAAGAACAAGGCAUAUCGAACGAACUUCUUAUCGAGUUGUAUUCCAACAGAGUUAGGUGUGUAGUGGACGAACAGAAGGACAACAGUAUCCAGAAUUUUCACUAUUUUUUUAACAAGCAGACAGACAUGCCAAGCAACGAGUUCGACAUUGAGAAGCAGAGAAAAUUGUUCAGCAUCAACAUAGAUGAAUGCAACCAAUUUUUGAAUAUACCCCAGGUGAAAAAGAAUAAGAGGACCACUGGGCAUUUAGAGGAGAUUUACGAGAUUAAUGUGGAUGGGGAGAGAAACAGUGAAGGAGACACGAACAGCGGAUGCACGAACAGCGGAGGCGCAAACGACGAAAGGAACGCAAGUGUCGAAAAGACCAGGAGCGGCAACAUGACGGAUAGACGUGCACAUCGUGCCAGAAAGGAGAAGCCAGUCUCGUUAUGGAAAUGGCACAACACGUGCAUGGUUGUAUACCUAGGUAAAAUAGCCAAAGUGCUAAAAAAAAAAAAAACGAUUAAUUACAAUAACAUAUAUUACCUGCACAAGGAAUUAUCCAAGUGUAACAUGGAGAAGGUGAGAAAUAAAGGCGAAACGAAUUUUUCCCUGUACAGAUAUUUAUGCAAUAAAAAAAAAAUGGUCAUUCAGAAUAUCACGAGGAAAGUUGAAAAGAGAGAAAUUUGUGAAAGCAAAAAUGAAAAAACGUACAAUAUUUUAUUUAAUCACAGAAAUGUCUUUUUCCUAAAUUAUUUUAUGGAUAAGAAAUUAAAUGAACUGAUGAGCAAUAUCUUUGGUCUUUUUUUUAAAAAUGUAAAAAAUAUUAUGGGAUUUGAAAAAGUUAGCUUUUUAAAUAAAGUAUUUAUUAACGUGGACAAUACAGUGUUUAAUGCUUUAACGAGAAAGUUAACAAUGGGACAUAACAUAAAAAAAUAUGAAACGUAUAUUUAUUCGGAUAUGUUGAAUAAAAGUUGCGGGCUAUACAUAAUAACAGAUUAUUUUAAUAUGAUUUUCAGUGAAAUUAAAAAAGUGAUGAUCAUUCUGUUUGGCAUUUAUUUACACGAUAUCACUUUUAUGAAAUAUUUUUUUAAAUUUUACAAAGUAAAAGUAUCAAUAACAAAAUUAAUAAAUAAGAAAAGCUUAAAAAACAUACACUACAUGAUUAUUCGACUUAUGUUUAAAUUUAUCCUCUACAUUAAUUUGUUUAAAAAUAUCUUGAGCAAUAACAUCAAGUUGGAGGAAUUUUUUAACAAAAAUAUUGUCAAUACGGGUCUGGAGAAUUUGUUAGAAUAUUUGGAUAUUGCAAACAAUGACUAUAAUUUUAUUAAGCAGAAAAAUAAAAAGGAUUUUUCCUUUUCAUUUAAAAAUUUAAUGAAAAAAAUUAUUACCCUGUCUGUUAGUAUGGAGAUUAAUGGAAGGGCGAUAUUAACGGAGAAGGUUACGAAUCUGUACUUUGGAUUUUUGUUCAAUGGGUAUGAUCCGGACGACCUUCUCCAUGCACUGCACAGUAGCCUUAGCGAAGGGGAAGAGGAAGAACAAGUCAAAUACUAUCGAUGGCACAUGUGUCUAUCCACGGUGAACUUUUUCACCAAGCAGUUUUUUUACAAUACGAAUAUAACAUCUUUCCUGGAUUAUUUCAAUUCGCUGAUUUACUUCUACUUCAAUCAGAUGUAUGUUUUGUGUAAGUGUCACCCGAAUUAUUCAAAUUUUUUUAUCGCUCAUUUGAAUAAUUUCCUCUACGACAAUUUUUGCGUGAAAAUUCUGUAG